AUGGGCUCAUACCACGGCGCCACGGCAGUAAGACGCACAUCAACAUCAUCUAAGCCAACGCUUCGGGAAACCAUAGCCCGCAGCAAAGCCACCGAACAGUAUGGCAGGCACAGAUCCAGAUCUGCCAUCAUCACCACCCUAAAGACUCGAUCGAGCUAUACCCUUGGGCAACGACUUCACGCCACGACUACCCUCCGGAACUUGCGAUCUAGCUCCAAGCUCCGCUUCGAAAGACGAGGGCAUGUCGCAACGGACCCUGUGCGGAAGGCUAUCUCGUCUUUUCGCAAGGGCAAGCUGCGCUGGAACAAGAAGCAGCUGGCGGCCCUGAAGCAUUGGCACGAGUGGCUACCUCAGUGGCACCAGCGCCACCAGCAGCUGCCUUACAUGCAAGAAGGACUUCGACUACUUGGCGAAGUGUUCUUUUUGGGACGAUUGAGUCGAUGCAACUUCGACUGGCAAGACGACUUGUACAAGGACGAGCGCCGCUAUGGUAUGACAUGCUCCCCGGACAGUGGUUCCAGGAAUUGGAUUUCUAUCAGAGUCGAUCCUAAAGCUCGCUAUAGCGAACGAACCAGCACAAGAGACUCCGUGAUCAUGACAAUACUACACGAACUGGCACACGGCUUUCCAGACAUCUGGGCGUGCGACGGGUCCAAGUGCAAGAUCGCGAGUUGCAGAAUCAUACAUGCCAGGGGCAUCGGCUCAACAGGGCAUGGCUAUCUUUGGGUCCAGCUCGUCUCGCACAUGUACGCGGUCGUCCAGAGGGUUUUCAACAUCAACACUGUUGACGCUGCUAGUCACACUCUGAGCGGCAUGAUCUGUGAGUGGAUGGAAAUCGGGUACGUGCCAGACUGGCGCCAUUUACGCGGUUGUCAUCGACGCUUUCGAUCCCACAUUGCUGGUAUCAUCAGAGAGUACAAGGACAAAGCUUGGGCCCCAUCUCCCGCCAUCGAGGAGGAGGAAGGCUAA